AUGUCUACGCAUUCAUACCAACCACUUACUCCGCGUCAAUUCCGCGUCCUUAGACUCCUCCCAGGCGCCUAUUCCGCACCCAUAGAAACAACGCUACGACACGUCAACUUGGAAGAUAAACCAAAAUUUGACGCUCUCUCCUAUCAAUGGGGCCCAGAAUCCUCCAACAAUUCUCAGAUCCUCGUCGACAAGACCCCUUUCACCAUCCGUGACAACCUUUUCCUGUUCCUGAAACGCUUCCGGGCAUCCAGCCAAAACGCCCAAGAACUCUACAUAGAUGCUCUUUGUAUCAAUCAGCAAGACGUGGGCGAAAAGGGUCAUCAGGUCGCGAUGAUGAGUGAGAUCUACCCGCGCGCGAAGAAAGUGCUUGUCUGGCUCGGCGAGCACGACGAGCAUAGCCAGAAGAUCUUUGCUGGAGCCGGUUUUCAGGACUGGGUAUCGGCUGCCGUCCGAGUUUUUAAAGAUGAUAAUGAGAGACUUGAUGCCUGGACGAGUCUGCUCUCACGAGAUUACUGGAACCGCACCUGGAUCGUCCAGGAAUUCCUACUCGCGCGCUCCAUCGUUGUUUAUUGUGGCCCGGAUCAUAUGAGCGGCGACUCAUUCUUUUCGACGCCACUGAACUAUUACUUCAUGAGCAUAAUGCAGAAGAACAAAAGAAAGAAAUUAGGACAGCUAGACGGCAUCCCCCGGUCUUUCCUACUAUAUUUCUGGAAGCAGAAUCAAAAACCUCAGGGUCUUUUCAGCAGGAGCAAGACGUAUUUUCCUGGGACCGAUAUCUUUCAGCUAGCCUUCAAUUUUCAGUAUACCGAAUGUCAAAAUGCAUUGGACCAUGUAUUCGGGCUGAUGGCCCUCGAGGAUCCAAAGAUGGGUCCACGGAUCAUAUCGCACUACGAUGUCUCUGCCCAGAAGCUGUUCAUUGAGAUAUGCGUGUCGAAACUCGCAAAAGCUUCACGCAACGCUAAUAAGGUUACUGAUGAAGGCGUGUGUCUUGUAGUGAUGCUCUUCCGGGGCCUCAAUUUGACGUGUGAUAACGCUGAAGAGGUCGUCGACAUCUUACUCGACAACAAGCUCGUCAACAAUAACACUUUCGUGAUUGCUACUAUCGCCACAGCAUUUGACCAAUUCGGUUUCUUGAAACCAGAACGCAAGUCGUGGAUAUUACCACAGACUAAAACCCGUCAGCCAGCCGAGCAGCUCGUUGCCGAUAUACGCAGCUGGCGAACAUCCCAGAAGGAUAGCGGGAACUGGUACACUCUCCAUUCCAUUCCAGAAUCCCACCAGCCGCCUGGAAUGCAGUUCCAGCAGCUCGACGAACCACUUUGGAGUCAGUACAGCACUCUCCGGAAUACCAUGGCCCGGAAAGCUGCCGCUGUGAAUGCGCUGGGAGUAAACAAUAUGAACAACAUGAACAACAUGAACAGUGCUGAGAAUAUAGACUACCGCAUCGGUAAAUCUUAUGACGAUCGAGGUUAG